GACAGCAGGCAAGAAAAGCUUCCAUGUAGUUGCAAUCAUGGCGUGUGUGUGUCCGGAGGCUCUCUGCCCCGACCCGGCUUCAGGAAACCACCUUUAACUCCCCAAAUAGGAAGGCCUUAUCGAGUUUCAAAGUGAUUAUUUAGAUCUUAGCAUGCUGCCACACUUGUUCAAUUCACACCAAAGUGAGUGAAAGUAGCAGGUUGUUGCUGGAACUAGCAAGUUGUUGCUGCAACUAGCAGGUUGCCAUGUCCUUACUGUGUGUCAGAGUGAAAAAAGCCAAGCUCCAGGGACCUGCAGACAAAUUCAAUGCUUACGUGACACUGAAGGUACAGAAUGUCAAAAGCACAACUAUCACCGUGCGAGGGGACCAGCCUUCCUGGGAACAGGAUUUCAUGUUUGAGAUCAACCGACUGGACCUGGGGCUCAUUGUGGAGGUGUGGAACAAGGGCCUCAUUUGGGACACAAUGUUGGGGACGGCCUGGAUCCCCCUGACAAGCAUUCGGCAAUCAGAAGAGGAAGGCGGAGGUGAAUGGCUUCUCCUGGAUGCAGAGGUCCUGAUGAAGGCAGACGAGAUAUACGGCACCAAGAACCCCACACCUCAUCGACUCUUGUUAGAUACACGCUUUGAGCUCCCUUUUGACAUCCCAGAUAAUGAGGCGCAGUACUGGACAGACAAACUGGAACGAAUCAAUUCCAUGAGACUCCACGACGAGUUCCCUCUUCAGGAAGACGAUGACAGUCGUCUCCUGGCUCCCAUGGUGUCUCAGUGCUGCAACUAUUUUGGAUGGGCUGACUCCCUCACUUUUGAUGACCAGGACAGUGCUGUUGAUGACCGAGACAGUGACUACCGCAGUGAAACCAGUAAUAGUUUGCCCCCACGUUAUCAUACUACGGCUCAGCCCAACUCUUCUGUACACCAGUAUCCCAUCGGGCCUCGACCUAAUCACCUCCCGGACUCAUGCACGGAGUCUAUCCACAGCUUUGAUCUGGACUACCGAGACCAGCGAAGCAGAUCAAUAAAUGAUAAAGGAAGAGUCAGAAUUAUACCCGUGGAUUCCGGCAUGGGUUGUGAAGAUUGGGAGAGCAAAUAUGCAAGACGAGGAAAGCCUCAGCUGAGUGACUUUUUAGAUGAUACAGAAAAUAUCAAUCAAAUGGCAAAGUCUUACCCUGAACAAUCGCAUUUAUCAGACCUAAAAAACACUCAACAAAGUGGUUAUGUCCCCACAGUCUAUCCUGAGGGCUAUGAGACAAUUGAUCCCCGGAGAAAGCAAAGAUUCAGGGGCCCAGGUGGGAUACUAAAAAAAGAGACACAGAAAAUGAGAGAAGAGACUUUUCCCUCGGACCUCAAACUGCUCCGUGAGAAAAGGGGGGAGAUGUUAAUGCUGCAAGUAGCAGAGAUGGAGGAAGAGGAUGAGCAACUAGCAUCAGGUUCCAGGCCUUACAGAAAAAGUCUUCUCUACAAGACAAGAAUGUGGGCCAAAAAUGAACUUGACACCACCCUAGAAAAUUAUGUGGCUUACAAAAAGGAGCAAGAGGCAAUAAUGCAAUUACAGUACGAUUUUGAUUUAGCGUAUUCGGGGGACCGUCAUUAUUCUUUUGAUGAGGAUAUUGAUGACAUGGCUUUUGCAGCAGAAGACAUACCUCAAGAAAUUCCAAGACGUAUCAGUGAUCAAAGUUCUUUCUCCUACGACAGCCGCAUGGACAAUUUUCAGGGAUUUCAGGAAAAGUGCCGACGGCCUAAAGCUGGGGGAUGGGUGCCGGAAGCAAUGCUUUCACCUGUAGAAGAACCAAGUGAUGAAUAUGUAGACCCGAUGGAUGAGCUACAGUGCUUAGUUGAAACGGUUUCAGAAUACCUUGCUGAGAAAGAGGAGGAAAUAAGCAAAUAUGGGUCUCUUCCUAAAUCAAGCAAAUCAAGGCUAUCAUCUCAAGGAAGCAACAAAACAGAUUCUGCUGGAGAUGACCAUUUUAGUUCAAGGGAUCCAAAAGAAGAAAGUCAAUCACAGCCUCCUUCUGGAAUUUCAGGAGUGAAAAAUGCCAUGAGCUCCUUAUUCAGUAAUUUUACUGACAGAGUUGGAGGAAGCCCCAAACAGUCCGCCACAGAUACAAAAUCCCCAUCUGCACAAGCACCGCAGUCUGGAAUAACAAAACUUUUGGCCUUUAUUCCUAAAUCAAAUAGCUCUGCUCCUGUAGCUGUUGUGUCUCCUGUGGAAACCUGCCCUGAAAAUGUGUUCCCGUUGCCUUCACAACCACCCUGCAAGGCCAACAUAAUAAGACAAAAUGAAACAACAGUUUGUGCAACGAAUUCUUCGACUACAAAAGUACAGACAAUGGAAAUUGGAACCAAACCUCAGGCUCAAGCAAACUCUGUUUUGGGGAAAUUAAAUCCUUUGAAGCUGUUUUCCUCAGGAAAUAUGAUGAAGGCAGAUGAAUGCAAUGAAGAAAAAAAUCCUAGUUAUUCACAAUUAGAUCACAGUGCUUUUAAUCAAGGUAAACCAGAAGCUCGUGUGUCUAGGAUUCAAUCUACAAAGCCUACUGGUGCAACGGAAUCUCAAAACACUCAUUUAUUUACUCCUUUAAAGAAGUCGUUUGGAUCUCUGAUCGCACCUCCUUCACAUAUGCCAUCUACGGGAGCUCCACCUGUGGCAGUAUAUCCUGUAUUUAGAUCGACUGAAGAUCCAAGGCUUCAGAAACAGUUAAAUGAUCCGCUAUCACAUACUAAGUCUAAACCGCCUUCACAAUCCUCUGAAAAUAUCUCAACUCAACAACAGCCAAGAGCAGAAGGAGGAAUGUUUUCUGGAUUUUUGAAGUUUGCAUCCAUGGAAGACGUUCACAACACAAAUAAUCCACAGCAAUCACAACCUGGGUCAACAACCUCCGGUGCCUAUAAACAAAACGCUUCCACCCCACAGAAAGCCACAGAAAAGGGGUGGUUCUCCAGUAUGUUUAGCACUACUUCUGUUCCUUCUGGCUCAGAUCAAAACGUUAUCAGUAAUCCUCAAUCUCAGAAUACCAAAGAGGUGUCCAGGUCAAAUUCACAACAUGCAUCAAAUCAAAAACCAACUGCAGCCCCUAAUCUAGUGCAACAACAGGCUCCAAAUCAAACAGAAUCCCAAGGGUUUUUGUCAGGUCUUUUUAAAGGGAGCUCCACUGACAAUUCGGCUGUGGGCAAAACCGAGUCCAACCAAGUAGGGAUGCUAUCAGGAUUUCUUAAAUUUGGUUCAAGUGUUGAGCUGUCUGACAAUAUGCCACAACAGAGUCACCCUGUCAAUCAACCAGCCAAAAAAAAUACAUCCCCAGAAACUCCCUUUGGCGUUUCACCCCAACCAAAAUUGACAGGUACACAGAGAGGAAGCUUUCUAUCUAAUAUACUGAAGACAUCAACAGAAAAUCUAGCACAACCUUCUGAGGAUCUAUGUAAGGGGGACAUUCCUGGCAAGUACCCUGACCAGCACAAGAUUUCUAAGGAAAGUGAGGAAAGUCAACCUCGGCAUGGCAAGGGAUUAUUUGGAUUGCUUUCAUUUUCUUCAGCAGACAAUAGUUUGAGUGGCCAAGUUCAGCAUGGUCAGCAGCAAAGCAGUGUCCAGCAACACCAACCAGAUUUGACUUGUCAUGACGUACAAGGACCAGCCAUAAGGAAUCAAACAAGACAGCAGUUUGACCAACAGACAACAAACAAAGCAGGAAUCUCUCAACAAGAAACUGUUCCUGUCAAGCAACCACCAUCCAAGCAAGGCGGUCUUCUUUCGGGUCUUUUUAAAUUAGCUUCAUCAGACAGUAUGAACACACAACAGCCCUCAUCAACUAUUGUCCCAAGCAUAUCAAGCCAUGAACAAGCUUUAGAAAGAAUUGAGCGCUCUGAACAAAAUCAACCACAAAUGAAUGCAAAAGAAAAUACUCAACCAAGUAGUUCUGCUAAACCAGUUGCUCCUCAACAAUCCAAAAUAAUCUAUGAGACACGGCAACAGACUAAAGUGCAAAAUACACAGUUUGAUCCAAAAGAGAAAGAAACAUCAAAUCAAUCUGGGCUGCUUUCUGGUUUGUUUAAAACAUUGACGAAAUCUGAAAGCCAAGGCACAUCCUGUCAGACAUCACCAGAACAAUUGUCACCAAGGGUCUCAAAUAAGACAUCAUUACAAACAUACUCACAUUUGAAUGAUAUACAGAAGUGUUCACAAAACCGCACAGAGAAAGAGAAGUGGACACAGCCGCCUGCUCCCCAAGGUUUUUUAUCUGGAUUCGCAAAAAAAAAUGUCCCUAUGCAACCUGUUGCCUACAGACAGUCUGAAACACAAUGCCAAAGUACUGAGGAAUUGAACUCGUCUAGGUUGACAACAUGUGCUUUAACUAAUGUCAGGCAAAUCGAUGGACAAAAUUAUUUAAAUCCAAGACCAAGCAGGCAUGAUUUCAAAAGUACGGCUGUUUCAAUUGAUUCUGAAAGUCUAGACUUAAGAACAUCGUCUACGUUUGCCAGAUCUUUUCACAAUAAUGAAAAUUACUCAUUUAGUGCUGGUAAUUUGCCUCAGUUAUAUUGCUCCAGCUCUUUUCUACCAAUGCGCCCAAUGGCUUACAGUACAGGAAAUAUUGAUUCUGGCUUUCAAAGUCAUACAAAUUUCUCCGAAACGAUAAAUGACCCAUAUGUCUAUGGAAGCAUGCCAUCGUUGAAUGGAUCUUCAAGCCAAAACCCAUACAUUUGUCAGGUUUCUCCUUAUCAAUCAAGUCCCUCCUAUGAUGAAAACCAGUGGAUCCGUGGAAGUACCAUAUGGCAGCAGUUUCAGAAUGAAUCCCUGAAUUCUCAAUUUCAAGGACAGGAUUUAGAGUAUGUGCAAAGUUAUGAAAAGUUUUCUCCUGGCUACAGUUCUCCAGUGAUAAACCAUCCACUUACUUCCUCUAUGACAUGGCAAGGCGCUAUUUGUCAGAACGAGCAAGUUAAGCCAUAUAUGUCUGAUGGAAACGUGAAUGGUGAUUCUUACCCCAGAAAAACAUUUUGGAAUAGUCAUGAAGACGUAGGAAACUUACAAUUUUCCUCCGGUGAACAAGGAAUUUUAAACCUGACAACUAAACCCAGCGGGGCAACACAGGGAAAAUGGAAUUCAUGUCAGGACAGCAGCACUUAUAGCUUGAAUGGAAUUACAUAUCAUGAAGGCUAUUAUGAGGAGACCGCACCAAGCUUGUCUUAUUCAGCAAACUGGCAGCAUGGAAUAGAUAAUGGCCUGAUUCAUCAAAGGCAGGGUCAUUUCAAUAACUUAAACUGUUAUAAUUUUCCCUCAAGUGGGAAUUAUGACAUGGAAGACUCUAUGUACCUCGAAGACACAGAAUGGUAUCAACAGUGGCUUACAUUGUUGGAGCAAGGAAUGUGGUGGCCAGCAGAAGAUGGUGACUGUGGCUACUUUGUUUACACUGAUCAUGAGUACAUUUAUGCUUUGCUGACAGACUCAGCAGGUGAAUAUGUCUAUGUAUGUGCCCCUGAGGAUAAUUCCGUAGGAAAUGCAGAGACGUUUGAUGGAUUUCCCAAUGCUCUACUAUUCAGCGAAAUGGUUGUGGUGUGUGGCUUUAAAAUUCCGCUGUUUAAUGAGGAUGAGCUUUUAUGGCUGCCUGGUCAAGAACUCAAUGACUCCCAACUCCUUAAUGCCCCGUUAAAUUUGUCUGCUGCCUACAGAAAAGGAAAUCAAAUCAUGAACCUAAACCUUGAGCAGUUUACUCAAAUGUUUGAAAACUCUUUUGUAUCACCAGGGCAACAAGGUGUAGAUUUCACGUCUUACACAUUAAAUAAAGUUCGUAUGGAUCCAAGACAACCUAGCUAUGUCCCCGAAGAUCCAUGCAAGUAUGUAAUUGACCUUUCUUCUCGUAAUAAAGACCAUCUCGGUCCUCAGUGGAACAGCCAAGAAAAUAGGACAUUACUUGCUCAAAAGGUUGCGGUUUCCUUGAAUUCUACUGAGACUGGGAGGUCGAAUCAGAAGGUACUUUACAACUGUUACCAGCCGAGACAGCAACGUCGUUCAUCCACUGGAGUUACUGUGAAACAUGUGGAUGAUGUAUCAGAGGAAGACUGGAGAAAGAGAGUGAGUCCAGGAAAAGAACAACCUAAUCGUCAGGCCAAAACGAUUUCUUCCCUGAUUUCAUCUUUUGUAGAAAGAAGUACAACAGUGGAAUCCAUUAAAACUAAAGUAUCAGGCUGUACUCAAAGAGAACCCAAUAAUGCUGUUGAUACUAAGUCUAGAAACGUGUUUUCAUCGAGUUUACAAACUGUAAAGUCAAAGAUUAUCAAAGAAGAAAAUACCUCUGUAAAUCCAACAGAAAAAGGUAGAAAUCAACACCAAAGACCAGCCGCCACCCAGGGAAGAAGUUUGCCUACAUUACCAACUGCAGCUCCCUCAACACAAUCUUAUACCAUUUCACAGAAACCUACAUUGUCACGACAGACCACAACAGAGCAUAAUGUCACAGUGCCAUUGGGAUCAAAAACAUCUCUAGUAAGAGACGGCCCCCCUCAAAAAAUUGCAGCUGGUAAGUCAGUGGAUAUAACAGUCAAGAAAACCUCUGAGCAGUCACAGCCUGGGUUAAUUAAAUUUCUGGAAUCUACAGUGGGAAUUAAAGAACCAAAGCCAGAGUCACAGACAACUCUCAAUCAGCAAAACACAAAUGGAAAUAGUGUUUCCAUACCAGAAAGCGCUUCCAAAGAUAAAGAGGCUACAGGAGUAUCAAAUAUAUUCGGAUCAUUUAGCAGUUUAUUUAAUAUAGAGCCAUCUACGCCACACAAACAGGACACACUCAGGUCCUCAGCAGUUAGACCUAAGGGUAUACAGAGACAACAAACAAUGAACCAGAGUGGUACACUUGAGCCAGAACAGGGCCAUCCCACCCCAAAAUCUGAAGUAUUGUCUUCCCCUUUUUCCCAGGCUACUGAUGUAACAAAGUCAAAAACGGCAUCACAUACCGAACAGUUAAAACAAGAAAAUAAAAAUAAAACCUCUAGUGGCCUGUUUGGAUUUUCACUUGGAGACAUUCUGACAGGAUCAACAGCAGCUCCCCCGCCUGGACCUACAAUUCAAACAACCACUUCAGCUACAGCUCCACAAGAAGAGUCACUCGGUAAAAGUAUAUUAUCAGUUUUAAGUGGGACAAGUCUUUCACAAUCUGCACCAAAUACUGGGCACCCUCAAGGGAAUCCCCCAAAUGCUAUGCCACAUCAGCAUUUGCCAGGUAAAAAUGUGUUAUCAAUGUUUGGAGGAUCACAUUCUACUGCCCCCACCACUGAAACAAAGGCGAAAGUUGAGGUACCACAACAAAAAAAUGAUUUUCCAAAAGACCAGCAAAAAGGGUUUUUCUCAAUGUUUGGUAGUACAACCACUCAACAGUCUCAGUCCCAAUCAGGAUCUCUUCUUGGAGGAAUACUUUCAGGAUCAUCCAGUUCAACCGAAAGUCCAGUCAAGGGUCUGUUGUCAAUGUUUAGCGAUCCUAUUUCCCCACAAAAUCAGCCAGCAACAACUUCUUCUCCACAACAAAAGGUAGUACAGCCGCAAGCUCAGCAACAAGGAGGGGCUCAGGUACAAUCAAAACAACACUCCCAAUCACAAGCGCAGCAACCCACCUCUGUCCUGGGGGGGAUUUUCGGUGGGUUUUCUACCCCUGAUGAAAGUCCAAGAAAAUCAUUGUUUUCAAUGUUUAGCAGCCCCGGUGUUGCUCAAACAUCAGGAUCUAGGGGGAAUACAGCUGCCUCACCUACAGCACCAAUUAAGAAUAUGCCAUCCAAUGUACCAGAUGUUGGCAUCCCAUCAAACUCAAGUUUAAAAUUGUCACCCACCAUUAAUGUCGCGAUAAAGGAGCCACCAAAGUCUUCCCAAAAUCAAUCAGGUUCUAGCAGCUUGGUACCAGACUGUAUAAAUGAACACAGCAGUGGCAAUACUAAUUUGGGAGAAAUCCAGGCGAGCAAAAUUACUAAUACGACUCAGGACAUUGCCACUGAUGUGGGUUUUGUAGGUAAAUGCACUGAUGCUUCCUCAAUAGAACCAAAUUCUGAAUGUACAUCUGUGCCUAUGAAUACAAACACUAUUAGUGCACCUGUAGAUCCUGCUUUCCUUAAAGAACCACCAGCCACCGAUCUAUCGUCUGUAGUCAGUGAACCUGGCCAGGCAGCUACAAAAAAAGAAUUUAUUUCCGACAGUCCAGCAAGAGGUUUGCUUUCAUUGUUUUCUGGGCCCAGUACUGAGCCAAGUGCAAGCCAGAAAGGACCAUCACCAGCAGAAAAUACAUGUGGAUCAUCUGGGUUCAGAGACACUCAAGCUAGUAGUAUAUUUUCUGUAUUUGGGACCUCUUCACCUCAGCCCAGUUCUCAAUCUGGAAGUUCUUUAUUAGGGGCCAUGUUUGGAGGUUCUUCACCACAAACAGCUACCGCUCAGCCUGGAGGGUCAUUACUAGGUGGUUUAUUUGGAUCUCCAAGUCCCCAGUCUACUCCACAAACUCGCGGAGGCUCUGUUUCUCCAACAGCAACUCAAGCAAGGGCACCCAUACUUGGAGGGUUAUUUGGUGGAUCUGCUCAAGCAGGAGGAUCUCAUACAGGAGGGUCUAUUUUGGGUGGCAUUUUUGGUGCACCUGCAGCUUCCUCAGCACCACAGGCAAGUGGCACAUUGGGUGGACUAUUUGGUGGAGGUGCAACACAACCUUCUGGAGCUCAAAAAAAUAACACUAUAUUGGGGGGUAUUUUAGGAAAAUCAGCUCCUGCACCGACAGGGAACAGUUUGCCCAAAACCUCAGUCCCCGCUGAUUUGUCUGGUACAAGUUUGCUUUCAACAUUCAACGAAUCGGUUUCUCCUGCAAUAUCCACUCAAACAGCUCCAUCAAAUUUGAACGAGGCGAAGAAAAUCCCUUCUCUUCCUGAAAUUACUUCGAGUGUAAGUACCACGCAUGAACCACCUAAUGACAGUAUCAGGGUUGAAGAUUGUAUUGGUCAAGAAUCUUCUCUAACUGCACCUCUGAGUAAAGAACCGCUAGAAAUAUUACAUCAACCUGAUAGUGGAACGCAGUGUCCUGAAGAAAUCUUACUUAAAACACAUGGUGACAAAGAUGAUCACAGUGAUAAGACUGACAAACUACUUCGAGCAGAUAAUGAUGCUGAAUCUGAAACAUGUAAUAUAACAGGACCAAAGCUUGUAGAAGAUAUGUCUAGUCAGGAUAAAACACCACCAAAAAAUGAAGAGGAAACUCUACCCACACCUGUGGUUGAGGAACAACAUAAGGCACAAGAAGCAGACGGAUAUUUUGCUAAUGCAUCAACAGAUACAGUUACUGGCUUUAUGUCCUCACUUUUUAAGCCAACACCAUCAGUGAAUGAAGGUCGUCAACCUCAACAGCGAAGUUCACUUUUGGGAAUGGGAGGAUCGGAGCCCCAAGCUGCGACUAGCCAACCAGGCCCCUCAAUACUCGGCAGUAUUUUUGGAGGUUCUAUCACACAGACAACACCUUCCAAUUUAGGUGGGCUAUUGGGAAAUUUAGGAAACAAGAAUUCUAAACCCCAGUCUGACGUUCAUUGUACUGCAUCUGAUGCUGGAGGGUCAAUUUUAGGUGGCAUGUUUGGAGGCCGAACCACUGUGAAACCAGACGUUCCCAAGACUGGUGGGCCAUUACUGGGUGGGCUGUUUGGGGGAUCUGCCACAGCAGCACAGCCUGGAAGUUCUCUACUUGGAGGAUUUUUUGGAGGAGUAACUGCUCAAACUUCAGUUUCACAGACUGGAACAUCUGUACUCGGUGGUAUUGGGGGGGCUAUAUGUAGGGGGAUGGGGCAGCCACCUAAGCCAUGUGAACCAAAGCCAGAAAGUAGUACUACACAUCCUCAGGUGACGCAUGAAAGUGCGAUGCCAUCUGUUGCUCAGAAAGAUUCAAGUGAACUGUUGGUCUCCAGUCAUGCAAAUCACACUCCGAGCAUGACAAGUGAUAAUGUGGAAUCAUCCGAGGCUGCUUGUGCGGACACUACUACAAAUAAAUCUGACCUCAUGGCUCAAAUAGAUGCCACCAAAAAAGAAAUGUCAACUGUUGAGGAAGAAGAGAUUCUUGAAAAACCCACUGUCAUUGAAGAAGAGUCUCGAAGUGAUGACAAAUCGUUUCAACUGAAUGUCCAAUCUGAUUCAAAUACAGCCCAUCCUGUUGAUCAGUUACCAAAAGAGCCAUCUCAAGCUAAUACUUUGUUUGGUUUCAUAUCAACACAAAGUGAUACUGGAAAAGCUCUCGGGUCUUUAUUUUCACCAGCAAUGCCGUCUGGUGUUCCAUCAGUUCCACAAACAGAAACAGCCGGUUCUCUUUUUUCUGGAUUAAAAACACUGUCUGGAGGACUGUUUCAAGAGGAAAAAACGAAGGCUUCAUUAUUUGGGACAAAGAUAGGAUUUCCUUGGCAAACAGAGCCAGCAAAACAAGAUGUUGCCCAGGUCAAAACCUCUCAACCAAAAAACAAGCCAACAAGUGUUGACACACAUGAAGUACAAAAGCUUUCCACAUCUGAUGCUCCUAAAGCUGAAUUGGUAGGUUCCACAAAUGUUGUAGCCAAUCUCCAGAUAAGCAUUUCCACCCCUGAAGUAGAUUCCUCAACAUCCUUGACCAUCAAAGACUCCGAAACACUUGUAGAAACAAACCCUUCUGCAGGUACGACCAAUGGAGUGCCGCUGGACAACCAGUCCAAGAGGAAUCUGUUGAAUACAAAAAGUCCAGCAGAAAGUAGUCACUUUGGGUCAUCAGGAAACCUAAGUCUGACCAGCUCCCAGCUGAGUGAGACUGGUCUGGAGAGCACUGGUGGGUCAGAACUGGAGGAGUCUGUCCACUCCUACCACAGCACAAGCUUUUAUCCCUCCAAAAAUGGACGUCUUGCAACAAAUGGACGGUCUGUUGCUGAAGGGAAGGAAACACUUAACCUGUCUUUCGAAGCAAGACAAGCCUUCAAAAAGGACACUCCAACAGAGAAAGGGUUUUCUAAUCUUCAAAGGUUACACGAAGACGGACCUCCUUUACCCUUUUCUCCAUCCAGAGUCCGUUGGCUGAAGGCCAUCAAUAAAGUCAGGGUUCAGCUACGGGAGGUUGGACCUGAUGAGCCCAAUGCAAGGCAGGCCUGGGUCAAACCAGGCGAUGGCUCUGGUCUUUAUGGAAUCGACAGCAUGCCGGACCUCCGUAAAAAGAAACCUCUUGCCUUGGUCAGCGAUGUGUCCCUUGUGCAAGCCAGGAAGGCAGGUAUCACAUCUGCCAUGGCUGCACGGUCAUCUAUUAAGGAUGAGGAGCUGAAAGCCCACGUGUACAAAAAGACCCUUCAAGCUCUGAUCUACCCUAUAUCGUGCACAACGCCACAUAACUUCGAGGUGUGGACGGCGACCACGCCCACAUAUUGUUACGAGUGCGAGGGGCUCUUGUGGGGCAUCGCACGACAAGGGGUCCGGUGUUCGGAAUGUGGCGUUAAAUGUCACGAGAAGUGUCAAGAACUACUGAAUGCCGACUGUCUACAGCGUGCUGCGGAGAAGAGUUCCAAACAUGGAGCUGAAGACAAAACUCAGAAUAUCAUCAUGGCGAUGAAGGACAGGAUGAAGAUCAGGGAAAGGAACAAACCAGAAAUAUUUGACCUAAUCAGAGAGGUCUUCAUCAUCAGCAAAAGUGUCCAUUCGCAGCAGAUGAAGGCCAUCAAACAAAGUGUGCUGGAUGGAACCUCCAAGUGGUCUGCCAAGAUCACAAUCACAGUUGUUUGUGCCCAAGGACUUCAGGCCAAGGACAAGACGGGUUCCAGUGAUCCGUAUGUCACUGUGCAGGUGGGCAAGACAAAGAAGCGGACCAAGACUAUUUAUGGCAACCUCAAUCCAGUGUGGGAGGAGAAAUAUAACUUCGAAUGCCACAAUUCGUCGGACAGAAUCAAAGUACGUGUUUGGGAUGAAGACGAUGACAUCAAGUCAAGGGUGAAGCAGCGUCUGAAGAGGGAAUCUGAUGAUUUCCUUGGCCAGAGUAUUAUUGAAGUCCGAACGCUGAGUGGAGAGAUGGACGUCUGGUACAACUUGGAGAAGAGGACAGACAAGUCGGCGGUGUCGGGCGCCAUCCGCCUCCAAAUCAACGUGGAGAUCAAGGGCGAGGAGAAAGUGGCGCCGUACCAUGUGCAGUAUACCUGUUUGCAUGAGAACCUGUUCCACCACUCCACAGACAUCCACGGACGAGGCGUGGUUAAAAUCCCAGAGGCUCGCGGUGACGACGCGUGGAAAGUUUAUUUCGAUGACGUGCCACAAGACAUCGUGGAUGAAUUCGCCAUGCGCUAUGGAAUCGAAUCCAUCUACCAGGCCAUGACGCACUUUGCUUGUCUGUCCUCCAAGUACAUGUGUCCCGGGGUUCCUGCAGUGAUGAGCACGCUGCUCGCCAACAUCAAUGCCUUCUACGCCCACACUACUGCCUCCACCAAUGUGUCCGCCUCCGACCGCUUUGCUGCCUCCAAUUUUGGGAAAGAGCGUUUUGUCAAGCUUUUGGACCAACUGCACAACUCUCUGCGUAUUGACCUCUCCACCUACAGGAAUCACUUCCCUGCCAGCAACAAAGACCGCCUGCAGGAUUUAAAAUCCACAGUGGAUCUUCUCACCAGUAUUACCUUCUUCAGGAUGAAGGUCCAGGAGUUACAGUCUCCACCCAGAGCCAGUCAGGUGGUGAAGGAUUGUGUCAAAGCCUGUCUCAACUCCACCUAUGACUACAUCUUCAACAACUGCCAGGAACUCUACAGCCGACAGUAUCAGCCGCUGGACACAAUUAAGGAAGAUCUCUCCCUGGAGGACCAGGGCCCGAGCAUCAAGAACUUGGACUUCUGGCCCAAACUCAUAAUGCUGAUCGUCUCCAUCAUUGAAGAGGACAGGAACUCCUACACACCCGUGUUGAACCAGUUUCCUCAAGAAUUAAACGUAGGGAAAGUGUCAGCAGAAGUCAUGUGGACGUUGUUUGCACAAGACACAAAGUAUGCUAUGGAAGAACAUGAGAAACACCGACUGUGCAAGAGCACCGACUACAUGAACCUGCACUUCAAAGUGAAGUGGCUCUAUAACGAAUAUGUCAAAGAGCUACCGAACUUCAAGGACGUUGUUCCAGACUACCCGUCGUGGUAUCUCCAGUUUGUGCUGCAGUGGUUGGAUGAAAACGAGGACGUGUCCAUGGAAUUCAUGCACGGAGCUCUGGAGAGAGACAAAAAGGAUGGGUUCCAGCAAACGUCCGAGCACGCUCUCUUCUCCUGCUCUGUGGUGGACGUCUUCACCCAGCUCAACCAGAGCUUCGAGAUCAUCAAGAAACUGGAAUGUCCUGACCCGAGUGUCAUGGCACAGUACAGUCGCCGCUUCUCCAAGACUAUUGCCAAAGUUCUUCUAAAGUACAGUGCCAUCCUCACCAAGAGUUUUCCUUCUUAUGUUGACAAGGAGAAAAUUCCCUGCGUCCUGAUGAAUAAUGUGCAGCAGCUGCGCAUUCUGCUGGAGAAGAUGUUUGAGUGCAUGGGGGCCAAACAGCGAGAUGAGUCGGUGGGCGAGAAAGAGGAGGAAGCAGAAGAGGAGGAGGAGGAGGAGGAAGAGCUGACGACGAGGAAAGAGGAGGCAGAGAGUCUGUGCAACAGUGCAAUGCUGGCACGCCAGAAGUUUGAGGAGAGUGGGGAGGAUGAGGAAGAGGAAAUGAGGGAGGACGGGGACAAAAUUCAGGUUGAGACUGACAGGGAGAAGAUGGAUAUUCCAAUAGAGAAGAUGGACGCUGAGGCCAGUGAGCUGCUGAGUAACCUGCAGGUGAAACUCAACAGCGUGCUGGAUGAGCUCAGCAGUACAUUCGGCAACAGCUUCCAGACCCGCAUCAGUGACUGCAUGCGUCAGAUGGCGUCUCUGCUCUACCAGAUCAAAGGGCCACUGAACGCCAACACCAAGAACCAGGUGGACGCCGACUCUGACAACAUGCUACGGCCGCUCAUGGACUUUCUAGACGGAAAGUUGACGCUGUUUGCUACCAUAUGUGAGAAGACCGUCUUGAAGCGUGUGCUGAAGGAGCUGUGGAGGAUCGUGAUGACCAACUUGGAGAAGACCAUAGUCCUGCCUCAGGGCAACGACACCUUUGGGGCACAGAUACUCUCAGCUGCCAAAGAACUAGGUCAACUCUCCAAACUAAAGGAUCACAUGGCAGGGGAGGCAAAGAGCUUGUCUCCAAGGCAGUGUGCUGUCAUGGACGUGGCGCUGGACACCAUCAAGCAAUAUUUCCACGCCGGAGGGAACGGUCUGAAGAAGGCCUUCCUGGAGAAGAGUGCCGAGCUGUCCUCCCUGCGACACGCCCUGUCCCUCUACACCCAGACCACCGACACGCUCAUCAAGACCUUCGUGACCAGCCAACACGCCCAGGUGCACAAUGGAAAAGGUUUUAAGUUAACGCCCAAUGAAAAAAUACAGCCCAGCAGGGGUCUAAAUGUCUCCAACCCCAUCGGCGAGGUUGCAGUCCAGGUGGAGCUCCACACUCAUCCCAAAAGUGGGGAGCGCAAAGUUUCUGCCAAAGUCGUGGCGGCCACCGAUUUGAAAUGGCAGACGUCCGGCAUGUUCCGACCCUUCGUGGAGGUCACCGUGAUCGGACCUCACCUCAGCGACAAGAAGCGUAAAUUCCAGACUAAAUCCAAGAACAACAGCUGGUCUCCCAAGUUCAAUGAGACCUUCCACUUCGUCCUGGGCAACCAAGACGGCUUCGAGUGCUACGAGCUGCAGGUGUGCGUCAAGGACUACUGCUUCGGACGAGCCGACCGUGUGGUGGGCGUGGCCGUCAUCCAGCUGAGGGACAUCGUGGAGAAGGGCAACUGCGCCUGCUGGUGCGCGCUGGCCCAGAGCAUCCACAUGGACGACACCGGCCUCACCGCCAUGAGGAUCCUGUCGCAGCGCUCCAAUGACGACGUGGCCAAGGAAUUUGUGCGACUUAAGUCGGAGACGCGGUCUGCUGAGGAGGGCAGAUGAGGUUUCCUUCCUUCCUUCCUUCCUUCCUUCCUUUUUUGGACAUAGAUUUGAAAAUGUCACGCACACACUUUGUGUUGCUCCACUCCACCUGAGUGCACCCUGUCCCCCCCCCCCCCCCCACCGUGUUUAAUGCCUUACGUGUCCACACUGUCUGGAUGGAACUUCUUUUUAAUAAUGGAUGAGUUCAAUGUGUGCCUUGUGGUCGUCCCCAAGUCACAUGACAAAUGUUAUUAUGGUCUGGCCCGUCCGUCGUAUUUAUUUUUUUAUACAAGUAUUUAUUUUCACCUCGGUGAGGUAAACGUCUUCAAGGAUGGAACGUCCACGCGGAGGCGGGGGUUGAUUGUUUUUGCAACGCAGUUUGCUGGAAAUGAUGGAAAGCGCCACUCUACACAGCAACCGACGCUGUGAGUGGAGUUAGAAUUGCCACGAAACACAUUUUAGGAUAUGAAGAAUCCCAUUCCUAAUGGAAUUUAAUAUUUAUUGAUUUUUUUAAAGGUUUUUAGUCCUUUUUUUGCUUUCUUCUGUCUUGAUUCAAGUGUUGACUUAUUGAUGGUUUACAUAAAGACAGGUGGCCUGCAGAAUAUUUCAUUUUUUAAUUUGUCACCCGUCCUGAAUUAUUGAUAUCUUCCCCUGCUCUUAGUGGCCUUAUUGUGAUUGAAAACCUUCCUUUAUAUUUUUACAACUUAUUAAAAAAUCCUACUUUAGCCUGAAAGGGUGGCUACCUCAUUGCCCUUUCUUCUUUCCUUUAUUUUAUCUCUUUUAUCGUUGCUUGUAUUACUACACUUAUGUCUUUUUGUAAUCCCCUCUAAUUUUGUAAAUGUUUUAAACGUAUCGUAAUUUCAAAUGAUGGAUAACACUAAUCAUCAAGUUGGUUUUAAAGUCAAUUUUACGAUUGCUUAAAAACUGCGAAUGAAGGAUGUCGAGAGCUAAUGAUGCUUCUUAGAAAAUGUCAAAUACUUUACAUGCUCCUUGUGCCAUUUUCUUCUUGAAAUGUAUUUUGUUAACUGUUACCUCAAGCGCUAACAUUGUGUACUUUUGUCACUUGUUGCUGUCAUGUAAACAUUCCGGAUCAUUCAUUUUUUAUAAAGUACAAAACAAAACAAAAAACUUGCAAAUUUCCUCAUUUAAUAAAGCUGUUUUUUUGUGUUUUUUUAAGCCAAACUUAUUCAAAAUAAAUUCAAAGUUCUUGCCUUA